AUGGAAACCAUUUCUUCUAGACCUACUACUACAGCCACCAACACACAUGCUAUGAAAAAUAGAGCCAAGAGUGGGAUUCACAAGCCCAAGGGUUUUCUAACAACUCUAGAUCAUUCUUCUAUUAAGGAAGAUAUGCAAAUUGAUGAAUGGAAAUCAACAAUGCUUGAAGAGCUCUUUGCUUUAAAAAGAAACAACACUUGGCAGCUAGUUAAUCUUCCUAAAGGCAGACAACCAAUCAGCUGCAAAUGGAUUUUUCGAGUUAAGGAAAAUGCAGAUGGCACAAUAAACAAAUACGAGGCACACUUGGUAGUUAAUGGCUUCCACCAACAAGCUGGAUUUGACUUCUUCAAAACUUUCAGCCCAUUUGUGAAGCCAAUCACUAUAUGA